AUGACCACACAGUCUGGAAUAUCUACAUCGCGAGUAUCUCACGAACGGCAGACUGGCUUGGACUCAUCGCCUGCACAUGACGAUGUGAGUGAGCCGCCGUCUAAGCGACGACGAGUGACAUAUGAGAACCUAGAAGACAAGCCACCCAGCAAAGCAGAUCUCAUACGCCAGCAGCUAUCACGUGAGAGGCAGCAGGCACCUCCCAAAGCUGGAAAUGCCAAGCCUGCGGCACCUGCGAGUCUGAAACGCCCUGUCUCACCGCCGGCUAAGACAAACGGCCAAGCUGUUCCCAUAACAAACACCGCUGCGUCGUCCAGGCCAACACAGCCUGCAGGUGCACUCAAACCUCUCACCUUGAAUCCACGCCUGAUCGCCAAUGACCCAGCUGGCCAUGCGAAGCGAAGUCAACUACUCAAACUAUUGCAUGCAGAAAUGGUGCGCUUGAGCCAGCAACUUGUUGAUCGCAAGGAUGUCCCGUCCAAGGAUGCGCUGUUACUGUCGCCCAUUGAAGCCGUGCAGCUUGCACUUGAUGAAGAAGAGAAAUUGGCACGAGAGUCUGGAAAUGUGUAUGCCAACGUCAUCAAGAACCGCAUCUUUGCUUACAAGAAGAUGAGCUCCGACGACUGGGUCCUUCACGUCAAGACGACAGCUUUGUUCAAGCAGAAGCAGCCGCAACAGACCGCGAAGCAAGUCGGAGGUCCUGAUCCUCCGCUUGUUCUCGAGACAGGCUUGACACCAGCAGAAGAGGCAGCGGUCCUGACCCAUCUAAUCGUCAAGAACCAGCAGCCAUUGGAGAAGCAUGGCUACGUUGUGACUCCACCAACGGCAGAAGCAGCAGCGGAAGCAGCAGCAGCGGUUGAAAAAAGCCUGAACUACGAGGUCUGCGAUAGAUGUUCCUCUCGAUUUCGAGUCUUUCCAAAUCGCAACGACGAAGGUCUUCUCACUUCCAACGGCAGCUGCCAUUUCCACCCGAUGCGCAAGAUAUUUCCUUCCAAAGCACGAGCCGACACAGGACCAAAGGAGCCCUACUAUCCAUGCUGCAAUGAGCUAUUAGGCAGCGCGGGCUGCACAACCUUCGAGCACCACGUCUUCAAGGCGUCUUCACCAGCACGGCUGGCUGCAGUCAUGCUUUUUAUCGUCACUCCUCCAAAUGAUGCUCCCACGAAGGACAACCACGGCAGGGUAGUCAAAGCUGUGGCUUUCGACUGUGAGAUGGGUUAUACCACGCUUGGGAUGGAGAUGAUUCGGAUCACUGCGGUCUCGUGGCCAGAAGGCAAGCCGCUGUUCGACGUACUUGUGCGGCCGCUGGGUGUUGUGCUCGAUCUGAACAGCAGAUUUAGUGGCGUGUGGCCGGAGGAUAUGGCCAAUGCUGUGUCAUACCAGGCAGGUGAAUCACCGUCGCAGCAGGAUCCAUCGGGCACGCCACCAACCCGACCAAUCAUGUUCACUGUCGACUCGCCGGAGAAGGCUCGCGAGCUACUGUGCUCCUACCUGGCACCCGAGACUCCUCUCAUCGGACACGCCAUCGACAAUGACCUCAACGUCGUCCGGAUUUGUCAUCCGACGAUAGUGGACACAGUCAUACUCUUUCCGCAUCCACGAGGACUACCAUCACGAUACGGUCUGAAAACGCUCAGCUCAAAGUACCUUCGUCGAGCCAUCCAGCAAGGUGGUGAACGCGGGCAUGAUUCCCUGGAAGACAGUGUAGCAACGGGUGAUUUGGUCAGAGUGAAAGUGGGUGAGAAAUGGAAGAUGCUCAAGGCGACGGGCUGGUCGUUCGUGGAUGACUCGCUUGUGCAUCCUCCGCCACCAACGAAAACCGGCUAUCUUAAAGAGAGUAGGGGCAGCAAUGGCGAGCUUACUGAGCACUCACUCGAUAGGACAGAUGCUCUUGCGGCGGGAACGAAACGGAGAAAGAGGUCGUCGGAAGCAGGCGAGGAGAGUUUGCAGCACGGUAAUGGUCUCAAAGCAUUUCUGGAGCGUGAUCAAGCCGCUACUAGCGAGCAUAAACUCAGCGUUGACUAUCUUGAGGAUGGGAAAGGCAAGUAG